UGCCACCACCGUCACAUGACCAAUCAGAUGACAGGCGUGCGCAAAAAUCAUAGGGAGCUGUUGCUGCUGAGUUCCUGUAAUAACGCUGUAAAUUUGUGCAGCUUGGCACGGAAUUGUUGUCUGUCACUGCGGACAGCUGUGUGCUCUCUUGUUUUUACGGUAUUGUUUAACGUGAAGACAGCCCCGGAAAAAACUAUUUCAGUAGACUGGACAUUGCAGCGGAUACGCCGCCUGCAUUACCUAAACUGGAAAAAGGCAAUUGUUCAGUCUUCCUCUCGUACGGUGUAAACGCGGGUUAUACAAAGACGCUUAAUCCUGCACUUUGAAUGUAUCCAGCAGUGCACAGUAAGCUCAAGAGUAAGGGGCAACUUUGUUACCGAGACUUCGCCGGCUCGCAGGACAAUUAACAGCUGCAAUCCUAGUACAUGGAUUACCUGUGUUUUAGAGCGCUUUGCUGCAAAGGACCACCUCCACCAAGACCAGAAUAUGAUGUGGUUUGCAUAGGUCUGACCGGUUCUGGCAAAACAAGCCUGCUGUCUCGGCUCUGCAGUGAAAAUACAGACAAUGUUGUUCCCACCACAGGAUUUAGCAUCAAAGCUGUUCCAUUCCAGAAUGCCAUCCUAAAUGUAAAGGAACUUGGAGGGGCUGACAACAUAAAGAAGUAUUGGAGCAGGUAUUACCAAGGGUCACAAGGGGUGAUCUUUGUUUUGGACAGCGCUUCUUCUGAAGAGGAUUUAGAAAUUGCAAGGAACGAAUUGCAUUCUGCAUUACAACAUCCACAGCUUUGUACACUACCCUUUUUAAUAUUGGCUAAUCAUCAAGAUAAGCCAGCAGCUCGUUCUGUACAAGAGAUAAAGAAAUAUUUCGAACUGGAACCCCUGGCCCGAGGAAAAAGGUGGAUUCUGCAGCCAUGUUCUGUGGAUAACAUGGAAACAGUUAAAGACAGCUUCAGUCAACUGAUCAGUCUCUUGGAGGAAAAAGACCUAGAGCCAGGGCGAAUAUGAAGGGUCCUGCCAAAAAGGAGAAAGCUAAACAUACACUGAACAUACAGUAGGUCCUGUUGGCAGAAUACGAAGGGGUAUGCAACUGAACUGUAUAUGGGUACAAGAUGGUGCGUUGAUUGAUUGAAUUUAUAAUAGAUUUCUAAUCCUAGCGAGAGAUUCACAUUAACAUAUCAUGUCGAUUAUAUACACAAACACUCACACAUAGAUGUAUAUGUAAUAAAAUACUGUUCUUUAAAUUACACAAUCCAAGUGGAAGGAACACAGUAUGGUGAAGUCCGAUAUUAAUUGUGCUGUUACAUUUUAACUACACAGAAAUAUUUGGAAGAAUGCUAGAUCUAACGUUUUGCUACAAUUUCAAAUGUUCCUAUGAAAAAAAGCUUUUAAAUUAGAUUACCUCUUAAGCAUCGACAAGUUAGUACAUUUAUCAACGUAUCAAGGAAUGUUUUAAUAAUACAAAUUUUAUUCUAUGGCCUUACAUAAUACUCAUAUUAGUGCUUUUCAAGCCCAUCCUCUAAAACUUGAGGUCAGUUAAACCUUUGUCAGACUUUCCUAGUAAAGAAAUGAAUUCUAAAUAUUACAUUUGUGUUUUGUCUGAAAUGUCCACCUUAUUAUAUGCCAGGUUAAGAAUGAGCCAUUUAUAAACCUUUUGGAAUGCUGACUGUGAUAGAGCAUGAAUUCGAAACAACAAAAUGUCAUUCAAAAAAGGGAUUUUUUUUCCUCAUCAUUACAUAUAAUUCUAUGUUUUAUGUCCGUUUAAAAUUUCUUUAUAGUUCUAUGAAAGAGGGAAGACAUCAAUCCAGCUGUUUCUCGUUUUGUGCUGUGGAAAGAAAAAGAAUCUGCAGGCAGCACUCAUUUAUAAAGCCAACAAUAGAAAUGUAAUGUCAUGAAUGACUGAAAGACUGUAUUAUCACAAUGUGUUUUUGAACAUGUGGGGAUUUACUUCUUUUUUUAUUUCAACACACAUGAUUUGCUGUUCAAGUCGAGUAUUACUGCUCUGUGGUAUGUGAAGCUUUUGUUUUUAGUUCAGGGAUUUCUCCCCUCUGCUUUUUACAUUUAAACCCCAAACCCUUGUGCUUUCUGUCAGACCUGCCUGCAACUUUUCUCAUCAGUUAGAAUAAAAACACUAUCAAUCAGAAGGCACAACAGCUGUUUGUGACAGGUCCUUGUCUGACGCCUAAUACCUUCCAACUGUCAGCGAGAUCCCCUCCCUGUCUGCCGGCUUUGCCCUGCUGCUCUUCUUCAUGUUUGUCCCUUUGCUUGUAAUGUUAUGCUUAUGUUGUCCUCUUAGUAUUUAUUGUCUGUGGGCUCUCCUCUGUUAUGUAGUGUUUUAUGUGCCACAAGUGUUCUGAAGUUCUUGAUAUAUCUGUUUUAAUAAAUCUGUGACAUUUUCCUUAACAAUGUUUUUAUUUUUUAAUUUUCUUUUUUAAGUACGCUUGGUGUAUGUUGUAAUAUUUAUAGAAUUUACUGAAUUUUGAUACCCUAUUAGCAGCUGCCUUUUUUGUAAUUCAUUUCUAAUAUCUAAGAUUUGUACGUUUAUUACAGGUAGACUUGUUAGUUGAAUUGGGCACAUAGAAGUGUUUGUA